AUGGCAGCAGGCUCGGGCUACACCACUCAGGGAGUUAGCGAAGGGGCAGCUGUCCGCAGAUUAGCAAUGAGCCAGGUACACGGCACCCACAGGGAACGGGAACACUCAGUGAAGGGGGCUGGAGGCCUGGAGGUCCAAACCAGGAUGCGAGCAGGUUUUAAGAGGAGCGGUGUGCAUUGUCUGAGAGGGCUGUGUGGUGCUGCUGGGGACACUGGUUUCCUCUCUGUUGUUGCUCCUUCAGCGUCUUUUGGUCUGGUGCUUCUUCCUAGGCCCUCCCUGGUGUGGCCUACCUCCUUUUGCGCCUGCCCAGGUUUUGCCUGUGACCCGGGGCUCCUGAUGGCAUCUGACCUUCCACCCCUGCAUAUGAGGAUGGAGCCUGUUCCAAGCACAUAUAAUUUUUUGCGCUGUGUUGUGCUGCGUUUUCUGAAGUUUCCUCCAAAUAGAAAGAAGACCUCGGAAGAGACAUUUCAGCACCUGCAGAACAUAGUGGACUUUGGCAAAAAUGUCAUGAAGGAGUUUUUGGGGGAGAAUUACGUUCACUGUGGGGAAGUUGUUCAGUUGCCUUUAGAGUUUGUGAAACAGCUUUGUCUAAAGAUACAAUCCGAAAGACCAGAGUCUCGCUGUGACAAGGACCUGGAUACUCUCAGUGGUUACGCCAUGUGCCUUCCCAAUUUGACCCGACUUCAGACCUACCAUUUUGCAGAGCACCGACCAAUUCUGUGUGUAGAGAUUAAGCCAAAGUGUGGGUUUAUUCCUUCCUCAAGCGAUGUCACGCACGAGAUGAAGCAUAAGGUGUGCCGGUACUGCAUGCACCAGCACCUCAAGGUAGCCACCGGGAAGUGGAAGCAGAUAAGUAAAUACUGUCCCCUUGAUCUCUACUCAGGAAACAAACAGAGGAUGCACUUUGCCUUGAAGAGUCUGCUGCAGGAGGCACAGAACAACCUGAAGAUAUUUAAGAACGGAGAGCUGAUUUAUGGCUGCAGAGACGCCCGGAGCCCCGAGGCGGACUGGAGCGAGCUCGCACACCACCUGAAGCCGUUCUUCUUCCCCUCCAAUGGCCUGGCCAGCGGGCCCCACUGCACGAGGGCCGUGAUCCGGGAGCUGGUGCACGUCAUCACGCGGGUGCUGCUCAGUGGCUCCGACAAGGGCCGGGCAGGGCCCCUGAGACCAGGGCUCGGCCCGCGGGGCCCGUGUGUCUGUGAAGCCAGCCCUUUCAGCAGGAGCCUGCGCUGCCAAGGAAAAAACACCCCAGAGCGCUCGGGGUUACCGAAGGGCUGUCUUCUGUACAAAACCCUCCAGGUGCAGAUGUUGGACCUGCUGGACAUCGAGGGCCUCUACCCGCUGUACAACCGGGUUGAGCAGCACCUGGAAGAGUUUCCUGAGGAGAGAAAAACCUUGCAAAUAGAUGGGCCUUACGAUGAAGCAUUUUACCAGAAGCUGCUUGAUCUGUCCACUGAGGACGACGGGACGGUGGCCUUUGCAUUAACGAAGGGGCAAGAAAGCGCCCCUGAUGAAGAGAAGUCAGGACGAAUCGUCAUGCGCAGAACUGGCGAGAACGCGGCAAACGUGUGUCGACUUGUGCAUCACAAUCCUCAGCUGGCUGGGAGAAGCAGAGCAGACCAGGUGGACAUCGACGGAGAAACAGGAAGAUCUUCACUGAAAAACGCUGUGUGCAAAAGUGGCCCUUCAAGGAGCUCUCGCCUCACGACAGCGCACAGCUCACACAGCACCCGUCCGCGGAGGCCGCCGGUCCCACUGGCCACCCUCCCAGCCGGCCCGUGCCCUGGGGAACGGCCCUCCGGCCGAGGCUCUGAUCAGAGGCCUGUGGUCCCUUCGUCGAGGUCCAGGUUCGCCUUCUCUGUGUCUGUGCUGGACCUUGAUCUCAAGCCCUACGAGAGCAUCCCUCACCAGCACAAAUUGGACGGCAAGAUCGUCAACUAUUACUCAAAGGCUGCACGUGCCAAAGACAGUGCUGUGAUGUCGGCUCGGUUCAAGGAAAGCGAAGAUUGCACCUUAGUUCUCCACAAAGUCUAGCCUUUUUCCUGCAGCGUCUCUGAAGCUUGAUCAUAGAAUGUGAAGGCUGAAUGAUAGAGCUGUUCUCUGUUGUCUUGGGUGACUUCUGGCUGUGGAUGUUUUGGCUUUUAACCCAUGUUGACGUGGGACUGCCUCUUGGAGACAUGGAAUUGAGAAGCACUAGAAAAGCCUUCCAGGACGGGGAAUGUAGGACGUGAGUGCCGUGUCCCAGGAAGCCACUUGCAUUUUUAAAAUGAAAGUGUCCGUUAAAGCCCCGGGAAGACACUCUUUCUGGGUGGGUCUUCCUUCCCAGCUAGGGCUCGUGUCUAAUCCUCUAAUGCGAAAAGCCUUAUUAUAAGACCCAAGGUUUGGAUCUGCUACCACAAGACUCCUAACAUAGAAAACUUGAAUUGUUACGUGCAUUUUUCAGUUUGGACUUUUCAGAAGACAUGGAUACUACUGGAACUUUCCCCAGCUGAGCUGUUUGGUCACUUUUUCAAUGCAAGCCACACACCGAUGCAGGCUUUCAGGUAGUUCCCUGCAGCAGCGUGUGAUCCUGUGGUGAGGGCCGACGUCAGUUCUGAGCGGUCUAGACUCAGGGUCCCUGUGGCGGUUCUGAAGCCCGUGGCUCUGUGAAGGGGCAGCAGGGAGCGCAGGACUCAGGUCAGGAUGGAUGCCACUCGUGCGAGCAUGGACUUGCUUUUGCUUUUCGAUUUUAUCUUCAGCCGCAGGGGAGAGGAGGAUUCCUCCCAAACCCUGAGGUUGCUGCUGUGGACGCUGGAGGCAGACCUUAACUCUCUGAGCUGCGGCGGCCGGGCUGAGGCAGGUCAGCCCCUGCCAGCCCCCGCCAGCCCAGUGCUUUCCUGACACUCCAGCGUUCCGGGUGGCUGAGGAGCCCGUCUGCCCCUCCUUCUAGUCCAAGUUCCUCCCUCGAGUUUCCUUGAGACACGUCAGAUUUUCGGGCUCCGCGGUCUCGCCUGUCUCCCUGUCGGGGCUGCCCCAGGCCCUGCUUCCGGAAGCUGACCGACUCCUGGCUGCUGCCAGGAGGCUCUCGUUGGGGUCACCAGAGUGUGCCCGGCUGCUAUGAAAACUGUUGGGAAUCUUGGCUUCGGUUUUUUAUCCUAUGGUGGGUUGUACAGACUGACUAUUUAUAUCAUCCUUUUGAGGGACUAAUGAAGGCUUAUUGUAACACAUAAUAAGAGCGCAACCAUGGAAUUGUAUGAAAUUGCUACAUGAAAAAUAAGGAAAAUAUUUUGCUGAUUGUAAAUUUUUGUGGGAAAUUUUGUGAUAAAUUGAGAAUUAUACUUGUUUGAAUCAAG